AUGCCGUUUUCAUUUAAAAAGAAAAAUAAGCGACGUGAAAUCCCUAAAGAUAUUAUUUUGCGCGCAUUGGAGGAGGUUUCUAAAGGUGUUAAAAUUAAAACUACUGCGAUUAAAUAUGAUACACCCAGGUCAAAGAUACAUAAAGGUGGCGGUGUGAAAGAUAUUUCUUCUAAAUUUAUAUCAUCUCAAAUAUUCACGAAAGAUGAAGAAGAAAAAAUUUCGGAAUAUUUUGUAACAUCAUCUAAACUAAACCAUGGACUGUCAAAACUGAAGGCACGCGAAUUGGUUUACGAAUACGCCACUGCCAUUGAAAAAAAAAACCAGAUAACUGGACAGCGAAGAAACUUGCAUCCAAAGACUGGAUAA